GUAGAAAAAUAGCUCGAGCUAUUACUGUACAUCUCCUCCAGGCUUGCUCCUGCGAAGUAGCACUUCGGCGCGCGGAAAAAAGAUUUGAAUAUGUUCUGCAAGCAUGAAGAGGGCGAGGGAGGAUGGCGUCAACUGGCUGGAGGAGGGCAUGUCCGGAGCCAACAUAGCCGUCCGGAGGGGCCGUCUGCUGCGAGAAAUUCCGGCGCAACGCCUGGCGCCGGUGUUUCCCAAGCGUCGGCUAUGGAUGCAGAGUUUGUUCAGGCGCUUGUGCUGCACGGCGUUGCAGCACGGCAGGACAUAGAACGUCCGCUAGCAGCAACAUGGUCUGAUGGAACUGGUCCGGGUAGUGCUUUUCCUCCUGUGGGUGACAGGAGGGCUGUCUUGAGGAUGGUGACGGACAUUGCGGAGCGGGUGGUCCCAUUGGUGAAUGGGAGGCUAGCAACCGAGGAUUCCGCCGACGCCAGCCGGUACCUUGAAGGAGCUCCUUUGUUUGACGAGACUCCCUUGGAGAACAGGGCGCGGAAGCUAACACCAGUGCGUAGGGGCGUGCGUGAGGAGACAAGCGAUGGUACAAUGGACCUGCUUGGAGGGAAGUUUAUUCAGGAUGGGGCAAAUGGGGAAGGACAAUGCAGCCGUGAAAGAGGUGUGUGGUCUAUGGGAGGUACUGGUGGGCCGACAUAAAGGGCCCAGAGAAAAACGAUUUCCGUCCAGUGUCCUAUACUGUAUAGAACACACCGGCAAAACUGGGCCGGGGGGGAUAUGAAAAAUGAAAAAUAAAA